CUAUUCUGGUUACAGGUGUAACCGGAAACGGAAGUGUUUAUGAAAGCUGUCGAGAUACGUUGACAGUGACUGGGACUGUCUGAAAUAAUGACUUGAAAUGUAAAGUUUUGAAGUAUCUGAUUUAAGAAAAAACUAACAACAGAAACAAGGACAAGGGAUGACAGAGCAACUGCACCGGGAAUAUUAAUAAUAAUGAUGAGUCCGUUUCAAACCGGAAGCCUGUACGCGGCGCAGGGGCCGCUUUCCUACACUGACAACCUCAUCGGUACAUUGCUGGCUAUCAUCGGGAAUUUACUCAUCAGCAUCUCCGUGAACAUACAGAAACAAAGCCAUGUGGUGUUGGCGGGCACUAAGGAUCCGAGGCCUUACUACUUCACAAAGACAUGGUGGAGUGGUCUUGUGCUUCUGCUGAUCGGAGAAGGAUCCCUGUUUGCAUCCUACGCCUUUGCGCCGCUCUCACUCAUCGCCCCCCUCAGCGCUGUGUCUCUCAUAGCCAGCUGUAUUUUAGGAUUUCUGUAUCUGAGAGAAAAAUGGAGCCCAAAGGAGUUUCUGAAGCGCUACAUUUUAUCAUUCCUCGGCUGUGCCUUGACUGUAGGCGGAACAUAUCUCUUUGUCACGUUCGGGCCAAACUCUCACGAGCAACUGAACGCCGAAAACAUCGUGAAGCACCUGACUGGCUGGCCCGUCCUCCUGUACCUGCUACUGGAGAUCAUCACGUUCUGUCUGGUGCUGUACUUUUACAAACAGCACAAUGUGAACUUCCUUGUGCUCAUCCUGCUGCUAGUGGCACUGCUGGGCUCUGUGACGGUCAUCACAGUGAAGGCGGUUGCAGGAAUGGUGGUUCUCAGCAUUCAGGGAUCUCUCCAGCUCAGUUAUCCCAUUUUCUACGUCAUGUUUGUUUGCAUGGUGACCACCAUCUUCUUUCAGGCAUCAUUUCUAGCUCAGGCGUCCCGUUUGUACGAUUCCUCCCUCAUCGCCUGCGUUAACUACAUCUUCUCCACCGUGUUUGCUGUCGGUGCAGGCGCCAUAUUUUACCUGGAGUUCAACCACGAGGAUGUUCUGCACAUCUGCAUGUUUUUAUUAGGAUGUGCCAUGUGCUUCCUCGGCGUCUUCCUCAUCACCAAAAACAAGAAGAAAUCCAAAGCUUUUGAGCCGUAUGUGACCAUGGACAUGGUGAAAGGUAUUCCAACGAUCCAUGAAAAAGGCUGGCCCAUUCAGCCGGAUUAUAACGGUUCUUUCUCCUACGGCACCCUCGUGAACAACGACACUGUCACACCUGCAACUCUCCCAGUGGUGAAUCGGGAUACGUGUGCAUCCCCAGACAGGGGUCACCCGUACCAGGCAGACGAGAUCAAAAAAGACUAGUUAAACCUCUGACAGGACCUCCCAUUUAUAAAAAAAAAAAAAGAAGAAGAAGAAAAAAGAAUAAAAGAUGCAUCUGACUUUAUUGCUCUCUUCAAGCAUUUAGUUCUAUAGGAUACUGAAUGACUUGCUGGUCCAGAAAAACUGAAUGGCAACGAUUCCAGAAAACUUUUAAAGACUCUCGAGCAUCCCAGUUGUCAGACCUUUUUUUUUUUUUUUUUUUUUUAAAUCUACUGCAGACGUCAGGGUGAGCUAAAGCAAAAACUCGGCUCCAGAACGGCUCACAUCUUCAUUCCACACUGCUGUUAGUCUUAAUCUUUGCUGGUGUUCAGUGUAGCUUUUGUGUGUGUUUUGACGGCAACACACCACUUCACAGCCAAAGAAAAUCCCUAAUACAUAAAAACUUCAUCAAGUAAUGAAGGUUGUGCUGAGAGUCAUUGUGCAUUGUCAUCUAUAAUAACCAUAUUUAUUAUAAUACGAAGAUGCCUUAGAACAAAACGUUUUGCCCUUAAAGAAGCACCGGUAUCACUCUGUGCUCCGGUUACUUUCUGUAUUUCUUCUCAUGUCCAUGUGAGUUUCCUCCAGGUUCUUCAGGAUUCUUCCAGAUCCUUCAGGUUUCCUUCUGUCUCCCAAAAACAUGCCUAUAGCUCCGUUCAUACUUCUGGGACUAUAAAGUAGUUCCAGGUGUGACUGUGUGUAUGGUGCCCUGAGAUAGAUGGGUGACAUUUUUCUGGUCCAGAAAUGCCCUUUUUCCCCUAUCAGGCAAUUGUAAAGCACAGGAUGGAAUCGACUGAGAGGAAGGAGGAAAUUCAUUACGCUUUAUAAAUGACACUGCUAUUUCAAGCAGAAUAUUUCAACAGUGCUUUAUUCAGUGUAUUUUAUUGGAUCGGUCUUCACCACCAUGCCUUUAUUCCUCAUCCUAACGCUAUGCAUUCAGCUCUACUCUAUGCUGCUGCAGCAUCAGUUUACUCUCAUCAGUAUAAUCACAUACAAGCACGCAUCUAAAGGAAAGGAGUUGAUUCUAGAAUGGCAGCAUCUGGGCUUUUUACAUUCAAAAGAUUUUUUUUGGUGUGGUAACAUCUGCCCAGAUGUGUAAACAAUCAGCUGUACUUACUCACAUUCCGGUGUUGUGUCAUCCAUCUUUUCAUCCAUCUUUGGUCUUUGUUUGUUUUUGAUAUGGGUGUAAGGGCAUGCAAGAUCUCUUUGCUCCUCAGAAUGGCUCUUGGGGUCCAGACUAUAUUUCAUAUUUCUGUAUGUCAUAAUGGUGGAUAGACUCCAGCUUUUUUUUUUUUUUUUUUUUUAAUAUUUAUUUUAAUGAUGAUUCCAAGUCAUCGUGGUGAUGGUUGAAAUCCCAUCAGGAGAGCUAGUCUUAGACACUGUGAUAAACAUUGCUUACAUGAAGGUUAUGUGGUAUCAGUUUUGUCUUACUUACAUGUUGUGUUAUCUGUAAAUCAUUAUUAAAGCUUUGCAAACGGAAUAAAUUAUAUACACAUAAAUAGCUAGUCAGACAAUGGUGCCAUAAUAUAAUUAUUAUAAUAAUAAUAUAUGGUAUUAAAUAUAGCAUGAUGGCUUGUACACAGAGGUGUUUUUGUUGUUGGAAAAGCUAUAUAUCAAGCUACAAAGCUUUCAAGCUUAUUACUGAUUGAGUAUUAAGUAAAAUAAGGUAUUUUGAAAUGUCCAGAAUUCAGCAAAAAAACAUAUUUAUAGCUGAAUUUCAGCUAUUUGUGAAAGUUACUGCUUUUCCUAAUCAAGCUAAUUUGAACUUCAAAUGUGUCUUCAUACCAAUGACCUAAGAGUUCACAAACAUUUUCAUGAAGGCAUACAUGCUGUAUGAAUGAUUUAUGAAACUCAUUAGCUCUGACCUUACCUGUAGUUUGAUCAGUUGAGGAUCUCAGCUCUCAGAUGUUUAUCUGAGGUCCCUCAUUGCUUUAAAAGCUUUAAGUUGGCAUCGGCCUCAGUGCCUCUGGUGUGAGCCGGUGGAGAAUUCAGUUCAUCAUUUGUACUAGUAAUAAUUGAAUCCUAUGUUGUCACUUUAUUUCUGAAGGUAAAUGUGUAGUUGAAAAGAGUUACAUUUAUUUUCAUUUAUUUAUUUCUUUACUGUACAGUAGAAAGAUUAGAAAUCAUCACACUGUCUUAAUUUGCAAUUCCAAAGAAUUUGUCAGUGUCUGGUCCAAAGGAAAAAUGAUACAUGUGUAGAUGUGUGUCAGACUGAUGUUUUUAAGGGUAACACUAAUUAAUCUUUGAAUCAAUAAAAUAAGCUGAAUACUGAUUUCGAUGUUGCUGAAGUUAUAAGAUUGCAACUUGUUAAAACUGUAAUUGGUGCGUGGCUUGAUUUCUUCAGUGUGACUUUGGGCAUUAAACUCUACCCUGUAUUCCA